GGCCCCAGUUCUUAGAUGGGCCUUGAGUUUUAUAUGAACCUCUCCAAAGCAAGUGGUUUGAGAGAGACAGAUGGAAGCUGCAGUAUCUUAGGCAUACUCAGUCAUUUCUCAAUAGAGGACCAUAUUGAGACUAUUACACAGGUGUGAGUACUAGACAAUAAGUAAACAGAAAUCCCGACAUCGGACAUAUUACAGAGAAACUAGGAGAGCAUAUUGAGGACUGGGCAAGUGGGAGAAUUAAGGAUGUUUGCAAUACAUUGAACUUUGGUAUCUAAGCUGAGCAAGAAGGGAAGUGGGGACAUAUGAAGAAGCUAGAUGGAAGCUAGUGGAAGAAAUGGUAAAAUUAACAGUUGGAAGGAAUGAAUGAGAUAGAAUUACUGGUGAAGAUGAAGUGGAAGAAUAGCAGGUGCUGGUGGUCAGGUGUUGGGAUGCUUAAAAUAUUUUUCUUUUUAAAUAUUUACUUUAGAGGCAGAGAUUUUGAAGACAGUGUAGUACUUGGUGCUUUGUGAUAUGACCAAGAAUGGGAAGCUAGAAUGAUAUGUUGGACUUGACUGUGGUGAGGAGGUCAGAGAUCUGAAGGGAGGUAGCGUUGGAUGUGUCAUCCAUGUGAUUGUUGAUGUCACCAAGAGCUGUUUAGGGGUAGAAUGGACAAUGGUAAAAUUCUGAGGUCUAUUCAAAGAGUGAGGAGGUUGAGAAUCUGUCAGUGUCAUGAGCAAGGCAGGAAUACCAAUGGGACCACUGCCAGCAGCGGGAAUGCCUUACCUGGGCCAAGCGCCGUUCCUGGGCAUGCGUCCUGCAGGCCCACAGUACACUCCAGACAUGCAGAAGCAGUUUGCUGAAGAGCAGCAAAAACGUUUUGAACAGCAGCAGAAACUUUUAGAAGAAGAACGAAAAAGACGCCAGUUUGAAGAACAGAAGCAAAAGCUCAGACUCCUGAGUAGCGUGAAACCCAAGACAGGAGAGAAGAGUAGAGAUGAUGCUUUGGAAGCCAUAAAAGGGAAUUUAGAUGGGUUUUCCAGAGAUGCUAAGAUGCAUCCUACUCCAGCGUCGCACCCCAAAAAACCAGAUUGUCCCACAUCAUCUCAUUCUACCAAAACUGUCUCCCCAUCACCUGCCUUUCUUGAUGAAGAAGAAUUCAGUGACUUUAUGCAGGGGCCUGUUGAAGUUCCCGUAUGUGGGCCUUCUUCCACGGCCCAGCCCUUUCAGUCUUUCCAUCCUACCACCCCACUUGGCCAGUUGCUUACGCAGAAGGCUGGGGCACAGCCUCUCCCUGCAGGUCAGAUUCCAGUGUCAUUUGCCUUACAUGGUGUCCCUGGGCAAAUUCCUUAUUCCUCCACUGCUUCAGCCUCACACAGUGUACAGAAAGCAGGCCCUUCUUUGGAGGAGAAGCUCCUAGUGUCUUGUGAUAUAAGUACAUCUGGGCAGGAGCAAAUUAACUUAAACACUUCUGAAGUGGGGCACAAAGCCCUAGCCCCGGGUCCCAGUAAGAACCAUCCCAGUUUAACGGCCAGUAACGGGGGUGCUGUAGACGGAUGUUUAAGUGGUACCACCACUGCAGAGGCAGAAAAGUCUUCAGACCAAAACCUGUCAAUUGAAGAGAGUGGUGUGGGAGUGUUUCCCUCCCAGGACCCUGCUCAGCCCAGAAUGCCUCCUUGGAUUUAUAAUGAGAGUUUGGUUCCAGAUGCCUAUAAAAAAAUUCUGGAAACCACAAUGACUCCAACUGGAAUAGAUACUGCUAAACUCUAUCCUAUUUUGAUGUCGUCUGGACUUCCCAGGGAAACCCUUGGACAGAUAUGGGCCUUAGCUAAUCGAACAACACCUGGCAAACUUACUAAAGAAGAGCUUUAUACAGUUCUCGCCAUGAUAGCAGUAACACAGAGGGGUGUACCUGCCAUGAGUCCUGACACUUUAAACCAGUUCCCAGCGGCUCCUAUUCCAACUUUAAGUGGUUUUCCUAUGACUUUGCCUACCCCAGUGAGUCAGCCAACUGUGAUACCAUCAGGCCCUGCAGGCUCCAUGCCCCUUGGCCUUGGACAGCCUGUCAUGGGCAUUAACCUUGUUGGACCAGUGGGUGGAGCUGCAGCCCAAGGUUCCAGUGGCUUCAUGACAACUUACCCUGCAAAUCAGGUGGGAAAGCCAGAAGACGAUGACUUCCAGGACUUUCAAGAUGCUUCUAAAUCCGGAUCUCUUGAUGACUCAUUCAGUGAUUUCCAAGAGUUACCUACUGCUUCAAAAACAAGUAGUUCUCAGCAUGGAAACAGCUCUUACUUGAUGACAGCAAAAAGAUUCGAUUUUCUGCUCCCUAGACAUACUUUUUUCCCUUUUAGUGCUCCUCCUUUGUUGAUGCCACUCCCUGGAACUAAAGCAGCAGCUUCAGUGGACAAAUACGCUGUGUUUAAAGGAAUUGCAGCAGACAAAUCCUCUGAAAAUACUGUUCCAUUUGGAGAACCUGGUGAUAAAUACAGUGCUUUCAGAGAACUGGAACAGACAGCAGAAAGUAAAUCUUUAGGAGAAAACUUUGCAGAAUUCAGAUCUUCAGGGGCUGAUGAUGGGUUCACCGAUUUUAAAACAGCCGACAGUGUGUCACCACUAGAGCCACCAACAAGAGACAAGGCUUUCCCAGCAGCCUUCCCCACGGGAGCUAUCCCGCAGAAGCAGCAAACUCAAGUGAAAACCCCUCUGAACUUAGCAGACCUAGACAUGUUUUCCUCGGUUAAUUGCAGCAGCGAGAAUCCGUUGUCUUUUUCAGCUGCCUUUAGCGCAUCAAAAUCCGUUUCGGCACGACCACAGCCAGCAGGUUCUGCUGCAGCUACAACGGCGUUGGCAUCAACUAAAACUUCUAGCUUGGCUGAUGAUUUUGGAGAAUUCAACCUUUUUGGGGAAUAUUCUAGUCCAGCAUCUGUUGGCGAGCAGGAUGACUUUGCAGAUUUUAUGGCUUUCGGUAAUAGCUCGAUUUCAUCGGAGCGGAAGGCAGAGGACAAAUACGAUGCCCUGAAGGAGGAAGCCAGUCCGGCUUCCCUAACCAGCAACUCAGGCAGCACCAUCAAGGGUGGGCAGAGCUCAGCUCCUGCGUCUACCAAGUACGAUGUCUUCAAACAGCUCUCUCUAGAAGGAUCCGGCCUGGGUGUCGAUGAACUGAAAGAUAACACUCCUUCAGGAAGGAGUGACGAUGAUUUUGCUGACUUCCACUCCAGUAAAUUUUCUUCCAUGAACUCGGACAAAUCCCUCGGAGAGAAAGCAGUGGCUUUCAGACACACCAAAGAGGAUUCUGCGUCGGUGAAGUCCUUGGAUCUCCCAUCCAUUGGUGGCAGCAGUGUUGGCAAGGAGGACUCUGAAGAUGCGCUGUCUGUUCAAUUUGACAUGAAACUGGCUGAUGUAGGAGGAGAUCUUAAGCAUGUCAUGUCUGAUAGCUCUUUGGAUUUACCCACAGUUAGUGGCCAGCAUCCUCCUGCUGCAGAUGUAGAGGACUUAAGAUACGCUGCUUUUGGAAGCUACAGUAGCAAUUUUGCAGUGAGCACACUCACAAGCUGUGACUGGUCAGACAGGGAGGAUGCAUCUCAGGGCAGAAAAUUCUCUCCAUUUGUCCUCUCAGCAGGAAGUGGGUCCUCGUCAGCCCCCUGCGUCCUGCAAAAGAAAGAGACUUCCUUUGGCAGCUCGGAGAAUAUCGCCAUGACGUCUCUCUCCAAAGCAGCCGCCUUUCCCAGCGAAGGUGCUCUUCCUGACACCACCUUCCCAGCUUUCGCCAGUUUCCAAGACGCGAUUCCUCAGGCCAGUGAGCAAAAGGACUAUGAAAGCAGGGACUACAAAGAUUUCACAAGACAGGACCUGCCCAUGGCUGAACGUGGCCAAGAGCCCGCGUGUCUAAGCCCGGCUUCCAGCAGCGCCUCUUACGAAGCCCCCAAAGAAUGUUCAGACGAUUUUGGAGAGUUUCAAAGUGAAAAGCCCAAAAUCAGCAAAUUUGACUUUUUAGUAGCCACUUCACAAAGCAAAAUGAAAUCCAGCGAAGAAAUGAUCAAGAGUGAGCUGGCAACCUUCGACCUGUCUGUUCAAGGAUCACACAAGAGGAGUUUGAGCCUCGGCGACAAGGAAAUCAGCCGCUCCUCCCCGUCUCCGGCCCCAGAGCAGCCUUUCCGAGACCGCUCCAACACACUGAGUGAGAAGCCGGCUCUGCCCGUCAUCAGGGACAAGUACAAGGACCUGACAGGCGAGGUGGAGGAAAAUGAGAGGUACGCGUACGAGUGGCAGCGAUGCCUGGGCAGUGCCCUGGACGUCAUUAAGAAGGCAAAUGAUACCUUAAAUGGAAUCAGUAGUAGUUCGGUUUGCACAGAAGUAAUUCAGUCGGCUCAAGGCAUGGAAUAUUUAUUAGGUGUGGUUGAAGUGUACAGAGUAACCAAGCGUGUGGAGCUGGGGAUCAAGGCCACAGCAGUGUGUAGUGAGAACCUCCAGCAGCUGCUGAAGGACAUCGACAGAGUGUGGAACAACCUCAUUGGCUUCAUGUCCCUCGCCACGCUCACGCCAGAUGAAAAUUCGCUGGAUUUUUCCUCCUGUAUGCUGCGGCCCGGGAUUAAAAACGCUCAGGAACUUGCUUGUGGGGUGUGCCUCUUAAACGUGGACUCCAGGAGCCGGAAAGAAGAGAAGCCUGCAGAAGAACAUCCUAAAAAAGCAUUCAACUCCGAAACAGACAGUUUCAAGCUGGCAUAUGGAGGACACCAGUAUCACGCCAGCUGUGCCAACUUCUGGAUCAACUGUGUUGAACCAAAACCUCCUGGCCUCAUCCUGCCUGACUUGCUUUGAAAGCCUCCUUUAUGAAGCACCAACUGUGUGUGUGUGUGUGUGUGUGUGUGACACCCAUGGGGUGCACAGGGACCAAUAAAAUGUGAGUCCUGCAGAGUUCAUCUCCAUGAAGCUAGCUGACUUGCCGGCGAGGUAAGGGCGAAAGCACUGUGGGGGCACUCCGCCCUUCCCCCAGAAAACCUGAUCCCCAGCCCCCACUGCCAGCCUUUGGGAUUGGCAUAAAGCUGCCCUACCCAAGCUGCACGUGGUGCUGGGAGCUUGCUCACUUAUCUCUAAAGAUGUUUUAAAACACGGACCACGAUUUCUUUAACUGAGGGGUAAUUUGCUGCUGCAGUACUGGAACUGUGGGGUUACCACGUGAAGGAAAGCACAUUAUUGUUGUGUGGGACUGGAAUUAGCAAGACCACGCCUCGCCUGGGCGUCUUCUCUGGAACACCCAGUGUCCUGUGAAGCAGAGUGCGUGGACGUGCGCUCAGCUUGUUCACGUCUGGAUGCAUGGAAAGGGGAAACUGCGGCUAGACCGCCGCUCUUGGUGUAGGAGGCUGCGGCGCGUCGGCAGCCCCAUGGCAGGCCGGGGAGGGCACUGCUCCCACGCCUGCCGCACAGCCAAGCCGUUCUCCGCUCCUUCACUGCUAAAACUGUCAGCUCACAAGAAGCCUCUUCCCUAAAGCCUGCCUGGGCUUUGGUGAGAGCAACUCUGCCUGCCCACGGCCUGAGCGAGCAGGAAUCUCCCUCCCUUUGGGGUCGUCCCCGGAGCCCCGUUUUGCUGCAGGCAGACUGUGACCAAGGUAGUUUGCAGGAGAGGCUGGGAAGGCGGCGCGUGGAAGCCCCUUGCGGUGUCUGAGAGACCUGCAGGUGGUCCAGGCUGAAAGGAAUGGUGAGCAGAGGAGGACGAGGUGUGCGUGGCCUGGAGGCCUGGAGGCCUGGAGGCCUGGAGGCCUGGAGGCCUGGAGGCCUGGAGGCCUGGAGGCCUGGAGGCCUGGAGGCCUGGAGGCCUGGAGGCCUGGAGGCCUGGAGGCCUGGAGGCCUGGAGGGAGACUGCUCAGAAGCGGCACCGGACUCGAGAGGGAAAGGGCUUAUGCUGUCUGGGGCAGAAACUCUUUGCCGUUGAAACCAAGUGCAUAACAUCAGGGAACAAAAGCUAAGCGGUCAAGGGCUGUGUUGUUCCUGGGAAGAAGGAUCUAGAACACACAUUUCUCUGGGUCGUGUGCUAGGUGCUUUCUACAGAGACGUUGGCUCUUCCGUGCUUCGCUGUGUGUGACGGAGGCCUGCCCCAGACUGUUGAUUUGUAGACUGAAGGUUGGCUUUGUCUCUGGAACUGCUGCUUUCCCACAGUUUGUGGAUUUUUCGCAUCUCGGGACAAACGCUGAGGGAACUGUCCUGUCCCCACCUUAGACCUCUCACCUUCCCUCCAGGGAAAGCACAGAGCAUUUACAGUAAGCAGCUGUGGAGGCUUCGGCCCCACCUUGCUGGGUCCGGGAGCUCGACUCAUUCACUGCAGGUGACACCAUCUCCCGCCAGGAGUGGCGGCAACAGCUGUGUGAACCAUGGGCUUGGUGCCCACCCCAGGUAGCCAGUUCUCAGCAGGCUGUCCCCGGGGCCCGCGCUGGCAGCACCAGUGUUUCUACAGGCUCCGCGUUGCACACUGGAGCUGUGGCAACGGGCCCCACCUGUGUAAUUCCACAGCACUCGUGUCAUCACAGCUGUCCCAGGUGUGGCGCUGGGGGGAGGGUGCAAGGGGAAAACUCGGCCCACGGCAACAAAAAGCCUUUGCUGUGCCAAGUCCCCGUGACCUUUCCUCUCUGAGUUCUUAGGAUGUUUCAUUAGCAACCACCGUAAUGACUGGGAAGUGCAGAAUGGCACUGUGCUGAUUUUCUGCAUAGCGACAUGGCUUUCAGCUUCACCUCAUCUCUUCCCUCGUGAGCCCAGUGUCCUUGGAAACGGUAACCAAGGUUACUCCCUCCACACCCUGUGUGUGUCAGGCGGCUUCACCUCUGUGCUUGAAUGGCGAGUCACAAGCACUUUUCUUUUUUGGUAUUAUGCUUUGCCCUUAAAAUUUUUAUGGGUUGAUAAGUAAUUUGAUUUUUGUCUGGACAUGCUUGAGACAGAAGCACAGGUGCACCGGCAUAUGAUUCACGUCAGAUUUUUCCUGUGGCUGCUGGCUAACCUUUCAUAUGGUUUUGCGUAUUUUAAAUUAUUUAAAUAUUUUGUUUGCGUAUACUAUUUUUUUUGUUAAGUCUUAGUUGUUUAAAGAUAUCAUCUGCUUGCCUGUUUUCUAAGUGUGUUCUUAGCUGUGAGGAUUCUAGGGGCUGUCAAGAGAAAGGCCUGCCUUGAAAUGCUUGCUAUGCUUUGGGGGACCACUGCGGAAAUUCCCCCUGGCCCCUGGAGGCCAGCUUCCUUUGUGAGGAGCUGAUAACACUGGCAUUUCUGAGGAGGGAGCGCUACAGCCUGCUGCAGGUCGUUCCAGCCGACGUCGGCACGCAGGGCGGCUUUGGUGGGCCUGUGCUGCUUUGUGCACAGGUUAGUCUGUCUGUGGGAAAGUGUGUACUGAGUAACGAUGUCAGACAGCCCUCUCCUUGCAAACUUAGGGUGAGGAGAUCAAGCUCACUUAAGCUCUCGCGUGUGAAAAAUGCCACUUUACACGUUACUUUUCUAAGAACCUCUCAUUUUGAAAAAUGUUGACUUACUUCCAUUACUUGUAUGCUGAUGUGAAUAUAGUGUACACGUAUCCUGUGUGACAGCUGUUUUGUAACUGUGGCUGUAUUAAGCAGUGCGUGCUGUGGGCCACAGUGAAAUGGGUUACCCUGUGUGAUGUGCAACUUGGUCCUGUAUUUUAAGAUGCUGUAGCUUUUGUCCUUUGUUUGCGUUUUAAUAAAUAGCUCUACUUUACAUGUUUAGACAUUAUAAA